GUACAGCUGAUGGCCGGGAGAGGGGCGGUCUUUCUUUUUCAAAUGAUUUGUUGGUUUAAAGUCUUGUCCUGAUAGCAACUGCUGUCGUGUAGGAGUGCCUUUCAUGAAAAACCAGUUACCGUAACCAAGCUUCCAGGGGUCUGUGGCCUCUCCCGUCGUCGUGCCUUUUUGCACUGAGAGCUUGUGUUAGUACCGGGCUGGGAAUGUGGCACAGUGGGGUUCAGGGCGGCGGGCGCUUAGGGGAGGAGGUUUGCUUGGACGAGAACUUGCUUCUUUUUUGGUUGGAUGAACCCUGUGAGCUUCCUUCUUCCUUUGGGAAACAGCAAUGUUGUGAGGGUUACUUAUAAUAGGCCUUUAUAAGUGAAAGAAAAGUUAAUGAUAUUUGGCACAUGUUUAUGGAGUCCAGUUAGGGUUCAUGUAUUACUCUCUUUUAAAUCAUAACUAUGAACAGAAACGCACUUCUGGCUUUCUAAUAGCUCACUAAAAGUAACAAUUGUCAUGCCUUGCACACAGUAUGAAAGUCACUAUCGCUGCAUGUUCAAGAGCAGGGUGUGAGGUAAGUGUAUUUGUCAUGUGGACAUAAUUCCAGCUGCCCAGUGGGACCAGCUUUGGCUUCAAUGCAGGAUUGCAAAUCUCAAAUGCAGCUGUGUGAACUAACAGUAGUAAAUAACCUCCCAGCAAGCAGCCAGGGGUAGGGGGUCGGUCUGCUUUGCAAGGAAUUUUGGUCAUUACAUUAGAUUCCUAGAACAAAAACCAUUUAUGGAAAAUCACUAGACAAAAUACUGUGCCCAUUUAUCAACUUUUUCUUAUAAUUAUAUGUAUUUACCUAUUAGUUAAUUGUUAAUUAUUGCAUAUUAUUUUUUUCUGAUUAACUAGAAAAGUGAAUUUCUGUAAUCACACAGUAAAUCUCCAGUUCACCUCUGCUGAACAUCUUAUGCCUGACUCGUUCUCACCAAAGGAGGUGUGUUUUGAAACUGAGAUUACAAAAACAAAGUAAUAAGAAUAGAUCCUACCUCCUUACUUAUUUUUUUUAUUGUGUUGUUGAUGUGUUCUUACUUGUAGGCAUUUGUUCCUCAGACUGAGGUGAGAUUUUUUCCUCUCUGUUAUGACACUAUUUUUCUAUCCACUCAAGAAAUACAGCCUAUUUUUUUGGCAGAGGUUUUUAAAAUUUAUUGUUUUCAUAUUACAUAAUUUAAAGUUUUGUUUAGCUGUGAGUGCAUAGCAGCAGAAUAAUUUUACAUGGAAUCCACCCUGCUUUGUGCUUCCCAAAAUAGCUCAUUGUUUUAAUUUAUAGGAAUAAGAAACGCUAAACUGCUUUGUGAAAUGAAAAUAGUUUUAUGGACUCUGUUAACAGGAACUUUAAACAGAACAGAACAAAGUCCUUCUACAAAGGAAGGCCAUGCUAGACUGAUGGCAUGGCCAAAAAAAAAGAAAUAAUUGUGCUCUAGGAACAUUUUUUAUAACUGGUGUAAAAACUGUUAUUCCAAUUAAAAGUUUGCUGUAAACCAAAUAAUAGUGGAAGACUGCAAUGUGCAAAAUUAGGCAAUCUGAAGGAAGAAUUGUAUGAGUGGGAGAUAUGAAGAAUUUUAUCUGAGAGAAAUUAGUUUACUAUUCUGAAGAACAUGAUAAGAUCUAAACAUGAAGUUUUAUAGUAGCAGAUACUUCAUCAGCGCUUUUCCUGUGUGAGUUUGCUUAGUAAGUUUUUCUCUUUUCAUACACUUCUGCUUUAUAUCCAGUGAGUGAGAUACAAAAAGUGUAAGCCACAGGAGUUCUGUGUACUUCAGGGAAGUAAUGUUAUUUUAUAUCAUCUUAGGAAGCUCUUUAUGAGAACAGGAAAAGGAAAAAGCUGCAUAGCCUCUCUCCCUGUUGCAGUUCCUCCGAAGCAUCUGUAAGAGGAAAAGAUGUAGUUUAAUUUCAUUUUGACUAUGUAAAUAGUUCCUUUUCCAAUAAAGCAGAAGAAACAAGGAAAAAAGGAAACAUGGAUGUCUCUGCCUGCGUUGUUGCAGUACAGCCACAGUCCUAUACUUUGACAGAACCUAUCAGUCUCUACUGAUGCUUUCCUGUGGUUCCUUCUUAGUGAUUCCAUGGUUUGGGGGGGGUGCUCUGGAAAGAAAAGGGAAUGAAAGGGGACAGAAUUAUAAAACCUAUGGCCUGUAGCUCUCUCAAACAUAAGCUUGUCUAACACUGUCUCUUUUGUUGCUAUCAGGUUAAUAAAUGCAAAAGUGCAGAAGACAGGAAGAGAGGGAGGCAAUGAACAGGUUCCUGACACACGUUCCCCUGAAUGUUUGCACAGUGUUGUUUUUACCAGGUGUCCUGGUGUCCUAAUAAAAGACUGAGACACUGCAAAGAACAAAAGAAAUUCUUUCAGACAGCAUCAUGAGUUGGUGAAAUAAUGUGUAUUUCUGGGUAAGCUAUGCAUCCCAGUGGAACCUCCGUGAGUAAGAAAAUGGCUGCUUUCCAUGGCAAAACAUUAUUUAUAAUCUGAAUCUGGACAUAAAGGUGAGAAUGUAAUGGAGAUUCAAGAGCAGUGAUUAUGUGAUGAGGCUGAUGAGAGCUUAGCAAAGUAGCUACAAAAUAUACAUAAAAGCACCUCUGCUUAGCCUUUUUAAGGAUAUUAUAAGCAUACUGCUGGUAGAGGAAAGAUAGGACAUGGGGGAGAGAAAUCUGUUUUGUUGCUGCUUGAUUCAAAGGUCAGCCUAAGAGAGAGAAUGAGAGACUGAAUGACACUGAACUGGAUUGCUCAGAAACCUCUGAUGUUAGAGAGUUGUGAGGUUGCUGAAAAAGUGGGCAAGUGCAUGUGUGUGGUAAUUUGGUCUAUAUGAGCCUGGAACUUGUGAUAUGUAAAGUAAAAGUAACUGGUUUUCAGCAGGCUCAUGUGACCUGUAUAUUUCCUUUCCUUGGAGAUGGCUACUGAAGGAAUAAACUGUUAAUCCAAAUUGUCCACUUAACUAGGAGACUUUGACCCAUUUCAAGAGCCUGAAUGUAAAUGAGUCUAGGAGAUCCCACCUCUGAAAAAUUUGUUCCCCAGGGAGGAGUGCCCUGUGAAAACUAAACCCAGCAGAGUUUGCAGUGUGUCCAAAAGUGUUACCCAGGUCUGUGGCAGGAACAAAGAGUUUUUAAGUGUGUCCUUUUUUAGAAGGUUUAUCAGCACAGAUUUCAGCUUCACUGGCCUUUGUGCAGUGAAACUAACUUUUAUCCCUGUCUUUAGUCUGCAUCUAGGUCACUAGCCUAGGUGUGUGGUCUGUCCAUCCACACAGCCUGCUGUGUAAGCUAUUCAAGUCAGCUCCCUGUGUUUUGUGUAAAAUGAGUGAAUCUGCCUCUUACUGAUCCAUUAAAGAGAGUGAGGCACCCAAGCCUGAAUUGCACUCCUCUGGAAGCCAUUACUCAAGUGCAGCUGGAGGCUGAACAUGGGAUAAUGGCUGUUGACAAGGUUCAGUCAGCUUUAACUGGGUGUGAGUGGGUCCCUGUACUGGGUUUGCCAGAGAUGGGGGUAAUUUACUUCACAGCAGAUGUGCAGUCACCAAAGAGUGCUGAUAUCACACAGAUGUUUUAGCUACUGCUGAGCAGAGCCUACACAUUGUCCAGGCUUUCUCCAUUUCUCACUCUGCCCCUGCAGUGAGGAGGCUGAGGGUGGGCAAGAGGCUGGGAGGGGACACAGCCAGGACAGCUGAGCCCAGGUGACCAAAAGCAUAUCCUGUACUCUACAACAUCAUGCUCAGCAAAGAGUCUGGGGUGAGUUUUUCAGGGAUUGCCAUUGCUUGGGAACUAGCUGGGUAUUGGUGUAGAUGCUGUUAAGUGAUUGCUUUUGUAUCACUUGUUUUUCUUUUUUUUGUGUUUUGGUUUUUUUCUUUCCCUCUCUCCUGAUUAAACUGUCUUUAUAUUGACACACAAAUUUUCUCACUUUUGUCCUUCCAGUUCUUUCACUCAUCCCAGUGUGGGGAGAGUUAAGGAGCACCUGUUUUGGGACUUAAUUUCCUACUGCUCUUAGUUUCCUCUCUAUGAAAACCUGUCCCUUUUCCUGGUUCUGCCUCCCCUGGGCAGUGUCCUGGCUUUCUGUUUAACCUGUUCCAACCCACAGCUUUUAGUGACUCCUGCUCUGCUGGGGAUUUCUUGGCAGCAAUGAGAGAUUUGCCUGAGUUGAUUUUUUUUUGGAACUGCUGUCAGUUCUUCUACAGCCAAGAACUUUUAUUGCCUCCUCUGCGAAGGAGAUUUAGCCAGCAGAUAAUUCUGCUCCCAGAAACAGGGCCUGAAAAGGCCUGCCUUCUCUGUAAUGUUGAGACAUUUUCUAGGAAAUUGCCAUGGCAAGAAAAAUUGCAUCUCUCCUCUCCUCCUCCUCUCUCUGCAAAGAAUAUCCUAUUAUUUGUGAAAGGUUGCUGCAGCAGUGCUUUGAGGAUAUGUAGUUUACAGAAGAAGUCAACUCUUCACCCAGCAGUCCCCAGUGACCUCCAGAGUGCUUAUUCUCAUGGGUCAGAAGGCUUGGAUAGAGAAGACCUUUUCUAAAAGAGAAUGCAUCUAUAUAAUUGCCAACAACAAAGAUGGUACCAGGUGCUGCUGUGGCCAGCUCAUUAAUCAACACAUUCCACCUCCUCCAAGUAUAACAGCUAAUAAAAAUGAAGAAGAAGCAAAGCAAGUGGAAGCUCAGCCAGAGAAAUGGUCUGUCAGUAAACACACCCAAGCAUACCCAACUGAUGCCUAUGGAAACCUGGAAUUCCAGGGAGGAGGACAUUCAAAUAAGGCCAUGUACAUCCGUGUGUCGUAUGACACUAAGCCAGAUUCCCUGCUGCAUCUCAUGGUGAAAGACUGGCAGCUGGAACUGCCCAAACUCUUAAUCUCUGUCCAUGGAGGCCUCCAGAACUUUGAAAUGCAACCAAAAUUAAAGCAAGUGUUUGGAAAAGGUCUGAUAAAGGCUGCCAUGACCACAGGAGCUUGGAUUUUCACUGGUGGUGUUAGUACAGGUGUCAUUCGUCAUGUGGGAGAUGCCUUGAAAGAUCAUUCUUCCAAAUCCAGAGGACGAAUAUGUGCCAUAGGAAUUGCACCAUGGGGCAUUGUAGAAAACAAGGAGGAUCUAAUAGGAAAAGAUGUAACACGAGUUUACCAAACAAUGUCAAACCCUCUAAGUAAGCUUUCUGUGCUCAACAGUUCCCACACCCACUUCAUUCUGGCAGACAACGGCACAUUAGGUAAAUAUGGAGCUGAAGUAAAGUUACGGCGUCAGUUGGAAAAACACAUUUCCCUCCAGAAAAUUAACACACGACUGGGGCAAGGUGUUCCUGUAGUUGGGCUCAUAGUGGAAGGAGGUCCCAAUGUGAUCUCCAUUGUUUUGGAGUGUCUGCGGGAAGAGCCCCCUCUCCCAGUUGUGAUCUGUGAUGGCAGUGGGCGAGCAUCCGACAUUCUGUCAUUUGCACACAAGUAUUCUGAAGAGGGAGGGAUAAUAAAUGAAUCCCUUAGGGAUCAGCUUCUAGUUACCAUCCAGAAAACCUUUAACUACAACAGGAAUCAAGCUCAUCAGCUGUUCGUCAUUCUUAUGGAGUGCAUGAAAAAAAAAGAACUUAUCACCGUGUUCCGCAUGGGCUCGGAAGGGCAGCAUGACAUUGAGAUGUCCAUCCUAACUGCUCUCCUCAAAGGUACCAAUGCAUCUGCUCCAGAUCAGCUCAGCCUGGCUUUGGCCUGGAAUCGUGUAGACAUUGCACGCAGCCAAAUCUUUGUCUUUGGACACCACUGGCCACCUUUAGGAAGCCUUACAGCUCCUGAUGGUACAGCUCCUGAGAAGGAAAAGAAAUCUCCAGCACCACAGACUAAAGCAGGCAGGGGAAAAGGAAAAGGGAAGAAAAAGGGAGGAAAAGCAAAAGAAGAACCAGAAGAAGAAACAGACCCAAGAAAACUUGAACUCCUGAACUGGGUGAACUCCCUGGAGCAGGCUAUGCUGGAUGCACUGGUCCUGGAUCGAGUGGACUUUGUGAAACUGCUUAUUGAGAAUGGAGUAAACAUGCAGCACUUCCUGACUAUUCCUCGACUGGAGGAACUUUAUAAUACUAGGCUGGGUCCGCCAAAUACACUUCAUUUGCUAGUCAGAGAUGUGAAAAAGGGAAAUCUUCCACCAGAUUAUCAUAUCAGCCUAAUAGAUAUUGGUCUUGUCCUGGAAUAUCUCAUGGGUGGAGCUUACCGCUGCAACUAUACUCGGAAAAGUUUUCGGACUCUUUAUAAUAAUUUAUUUGGACCAAAGAGGCCAAAAGCUCUUAAACUACUGGGGAUGGAGGAUGAUGAGCCUCCCACCAAAGGGAAGAAGAAAAAGAAAAAAAAGGAGGAAGAGAUUGAUAUUGAUGUGGAUGACCCAGAAGUGAGCCGCUUUCAGUACCCCUUUCAUGAGCUGAUGGUGUGGGCUGUGCUCAUGAAACGGCAGAAGAUGGCCCUGUUCCUUUGGCAACGAGGGGAGGAAUCCAUGGCCAAGGCACUUGUGGCUUGUAAACUCUACAAGUCUAUGGCCCAUGAAUCUUCAGAGAGUGAGCUGGUGGAUGACAUCUCUCAGGAUCUGGACAACAACUCAAAAGAUUUUGGCCAGCUGGCUGUUGAACUCUUGGAUCAGUCCUAUAAACACGAUGAGCAGAUUGCCAUGAAACUGCUGACGUAUGAACUGAAAAACUGGAGUAAUUCUACCUGCCUGAAGUUGGCUGUGGCAGCUAAACACAGGGACUUCAUUGCUCACACCUGCAGCCAGAUGCUCCUAACAGACAUGUGGAUGGGGCGACUGCGCAUGCGGAAAAACCCUGGCCUUAAGGUUAUAAUGGGAAUUCUUUUCCCUCCCACCAUCCUUUUCCUAGAGUAUCGGAGUUAUGAUGACUAUUCCUACCAGACAUCAAAAGAAAAUGAGGAAGGAAAAGAAAAAGAGGAGGAAAAUGCGGAUGCAAAUGCAGAUACAGGCUCCCGAAAGGGGGAUGAAGAGAAUGGAAAGAAAAAACAACAGAGCCUUCCAAUUGGAACAAAGAUCUAUGAAUUCUAUAAUGCACCUAUUGUCAAAUUUUGGUUCUACACGAUAUCAUACCUUGGCUACUUGAUGUUAUUUAAUUACAUCAUCUUGGUGCGGAUGGAACGGUGGCCAUCAGUCCAGGAAUGGAUUGUCAUCUCAUACAUUGUGACAUUGGCCUUGGAGAAAGUCAGAGAGAUUCUGAUGUCAGAGCCUGGCAAGCUGAGCCAAAAAAUCAAAGUUUGGCUCCAGGAAUACUGGAAUAUUACUGACUUGGUGGCUAUUUCAGUAUUUAUCAUAGGAGCAAUUCUUCGCCUGCAGAACCAGCCUUACAUGGGUUAUGGAAGAGUGAUUUACUGCGUAGAUAUCAUUUUCUGGUACAUUAGAGUACUAGAUAUCUUUGGUGUGAACAAAUAUCUGGGACCUUACGUCAUGAUGAUUGGAAAGAUGAUGAUUGAUAUGCUGUACUUUGUGGUCAUCAUGCUUGUGGUUCUGAUGAGCUUUGGAGUAGCUCGCCAGGCUAUCCUGCACCCAGAUGAGGAGCCCUCCUGGAGACUGGCUCGCAACAUCUUCUACAUGCCCUACUGGAUGAUCUAUGGAGAGGUGUUCGCUGACCAGAUAGACCGUAAGAGUAGAAUUCAUACUCCUUGUGGGGACAAUCUUUAUGAUGAUGAUGGUAAACGCCUCCCUCCCUGCAUCCCAGGGGCCUGGCUCACUCCUGCUAUUAUGGCCUGUUACCUUUUGGUAGCAAAUAUCCUGUUGGUAAACCUGCUGAUUGCUGUCUUCAACAAUACCUUCUUUGAGGUAAAAUCAAUAUCCAACCAAGUCUGGAAGUUCCAGCGGUACCAGCUGAUCAUGACAUUCCAUGACAGACCUGUCCUGCCACCACCAAUGAUUAUCUUCAGCCACAUCUACAUAAUCAUCAAGCGGAUCUGCUGCCGCUGCAAGAAGGGUGAUGGAGACCAGGAUGAGCGGGACAGGGGACUGAAAUUAUUUCUAAAUGAUGAAGAGCUAAAAAAAUUGUAUGAGUUUGAAGAGCAGUGUGUAGAAGAAUACUUCCAGGAGAAAGAGGAUGAGCAGCAGUCAUCUAAUGAUGAACGCAUCAGAGUUACCUCUGAAAGAGUUGAAAAUAUGUCUAUGAGGCUGGAAGAAGUGAAUGAAAGAGAACAUUUUAUGAAAGCUUCUCUCCAGACAGUCGACCUCCGGCUCUCUCAGCUGGAAGAGCUCUCUGGUCGGAUGGUGAACGCUCUGGAGAAGCUGGCGGGCAUCGACAAAUCCGAGCUGACGUACACACGCUCGCGGGCUUCGUCAGAGUGUGACGCUGCUUAUCUCCUGAGGCAGAGCAGUGUGAAUAGCUCUGAUGGCUACAGCAUGUACAAAUACCACAUCAGUGGCGAUGAGCUGACCUAUGAUGACAGCACCACGCCUAUGUCACCAGCCAUGCGUAAAAAAGCCCACUCUAUUGGUACCAAAGAAGAUGGAGCAGACCCAAGGAUGCUGGUUCCAGAACACCAAAGUGGGCUCCAUACCUCGAGUGCUAAUGCAGUCACUACAGCAGAUCACAGUAAAUCCACAUUAGAAAUUGCACAGAAUGUUUCCAGACCCCAUUCUGGUUCAGGUGGUUUGGGGAGUGAGAAGCAGGGGGUUUUCAGUAGUGAUGGAAUGAUUCCUCAAAGUGUAAACCAGAUGAAUGCUGUUACAAACAGUCAGUCAGUAGCAGGGCCAGAUUUUCAGAACACUCAGUUAAAAGUAGAACGUACCAAGUUGGAAGCAACCAUCUCUUAUCCCUUGGACAAAUCCAAAGCAAUGCGCUAUUUUCCUCCUGAAACUUUCAGUGCAUGUCAAACCACAAUGAUGAAGUCAAGGAGCUUUAUAUUUGCACAAGGUGGAAAGCUGGUUGGAGGAGUUAACAACUGGACCUCGGAAUACAGUACCAUUAUGGAUCAGGUGUGCCCUUCUACAAUUGAACAGUGGGCCACUGAGUGGAAAUACGAAGUUGAGCAGCAGCUUUCUCAAGAGCGUCCUCCAGAAUACCCCGGGCUGAUCUCUGAAGCAGAAAGGCAAGCAGAGGAGAAGCAGAUGGACACAGAUGAUGAUAGUAAUGUUGCUGAAGCAGGUAUGAGUGCCUCUUACACCUCUAUGCCUGCCACUGUCAAGGCUGAGAAGGAGAAUUUACUGUCAGUAAAGCCAGAAAGGACUUCUGGGUUCCCAUCAGUACGCUCCAAGAGCUUGCACAGCCAUUCCCGGAAAGCCAAGUCUGUGAAGGACAAAUUAAAUAGACCAGGACAUGCCAGCAGUGUAACUAAUUUGGUGGUAGCAUUUGGCAGUGCAACAGAGGAACAGAAAACCAGGCAAGAAAAUGCAUCCACAGAAACUGAAUGUUAAAGUGGCUUAUGGCCCCUGUUUUACCAAUAGUCGAGAAAGCAGAGUGACUAAUUGAACAAAUUAGCCAUUUUAAAAUCAAUUUCUAAAGAAGAAUUUUGAAUAUAUAUAUUUAUUUUAAACUUAAUAGAUACAUGUUCUGUUCUUAAAUAAAUGCUUGCUGGGUUGGGUGAAAGGGAGAUGUUCUCUCAGGGGCAGAUAAAGAGUAGGUACGGUUCACAGAUGCCGACCAUAUAGCUCUUCCUUUAUUCCAUUUCAGCCUCCCUCAUAAGCUCAUUUACUAACAAGCUCUUUAUAAAAGCUCUUAGAGGAAGAGCAAUAUUAUAAUGUAAUAAGGUUAUCAGAAGAUUUCUCAAACAGAACAAUUUUUAACCAGCCUUAGUUCUAUCUUUACUUAUGCAGCUGGUUUCUUUGUGGCCAUGGUGUUUUUCAGAUCAAAACAAAAUUGUUGGAGGCAAGGAAAAAUUAUGCAGUCCCCUCUUUCACUUCUGAUUUCAUGCAUGCUGCUUAGCUUCUCUUUCAGAAUGGCAUGACAUAGCAGUUUUCAUCCACUAAAAUAGGUCAGAGUGGUAAAAUACAGUUGUGUUUGGAGAAAGCUGACCUGGAAAGCCAUGUGCAGACAUAUUCUUAAUCUGUCCUUGAACUUCAGUGGCAUCAUUUUGCUUUCAGGAUCACAUCUCUCCCCAACCCAAAGCAUGCUGAGCGCCUUAAACUGUUGAAAAACAGU